AUGAAAGAGCCUUACAGUUUGCCUCUCACCUCUGGGCAAGAGCUUGCGAACAGGGAGUUGCUCGCCAAGCCGAUCUACGCCUCCUUCGACGGGAUGGUCAACUACUUGAGGUCAAGUACCUAUGCUUACCACUAUGGUCUGCUCGUGAACCGGGGUUACCAAGAGUUCAUCAAGAGCUCUGCUGAUCAAGACACGCAAGGCAAACUCACAGCUUUGACUAUGGUUAAGCUUGAUACUUUGAUCCCUACGUUUGACUCAUCCACUAGAGUUCUGACUAUUUGUCAGAUCGAUGCGUUUGUCACCACUUCCGAUUCCCCAGGAGCUGAGAUAUGUGCUUUCGACGGGGUAGAGGAGAAGACGAAGACCGCCGCCAUCGGGCUGCCCUUCAACUACGAGAUUGACAACGCAACAGCGGGCUACCCACCUGCCUUUCAGGCAGCAAAAUUGGGAAUAGGCCGCUACAACAACCCGAAUUUCUUGCAGAUGCACGGAGAGACGACAACUGAGAUGCACCGCCAGUAUCUAGAACAGUUGCGUGGAAUAGAGAUCUCUCGACCCAGGAAGUCUGAUGCCUACCAGGACUGUGAGGAAGUCAAAUUGGCCAUUGCGCAUGCCAGAACAGUUCGAACCAAGGAAGCUUGGAAACGUGUCCGUCGAGUGCGACGAGCUCACCGCAAGACUUGGCAUGCACGUCGCCUAACUCAGAUCCUUAAUGGAGAUUGGGACCAGUACAGAAUGCUUCAACGAGAAAAAACACGGAGACGAGGGUGGUGGGGUAAAAUGCUUGUGGACAAGUCUUCGGAGAAGCUUGCUGCAGAGACUCGGGAGCACCUCGUAACCAAACUGUUCAACCCUUUUCAGAAUGAUUGGGAUGACCUUAUCAAUUCGCAGAUAGAUGCCGUCACUGAAACGACCUGCUUCGUUCCCUUCACCCUCCUAGAUCUUCGCACAGAAUUACACGAGAUGCGCCUCAACAGCGCGAUUGGACCUGACGGGGUGAGUGUUCACCUACUUCGUUGUCUUGUCGAUGAUCCUGUUCUUGGGGAGGAUUUGCUCGGCUUGGUGAAUCACAUUGUUGAGACGCUGGAGCUCCCCGAGAAAUGGCAGGUCAGCUUUCUUGCUCUUUUGGCAAAAAAGGAUGUGCCGGAAACCCCGAAAGAUUUACGUCCUAUUUGCGUCAGUUCAGCUUUUCACAAACUCGUCAGUCGACUUGUAUGUGCCCGCACGAUGCCGAUGUUGCGCACUGGAUCACGCAUUAGUGGAUGUGGAAAGGGACGACAGUCCGCGGACGUGAUUGGGACGAUAUCCAGAGUUCGAGAUGUAAUUCAUGAAUGGCGUGUUCCAGCUCUGCUUUGUAAGCUUGACAUCUCAGGUGCAUUUGAUCGAAUUGAUCGGCUUCGUAUCUGUGAGUUCUUACGGGAUAGGCUUGGGCAUCGGGAUGUUCCGCAUGAACUCAAAUAUCUUCUGGCACAGCUACGGACGUAUACGUUGGCUGGUGAGGCACCUGGAGGACAACAGAUUGUUCUGGAUGCCAACAUUGGCAUAAAACAAGGUGCGCCUGAGAGCACCGAGCUCUUCGGGAUGAUCAUGGAUUGCAUGUUAAGCGAACUCACUGAUUGCCAAGGAUGGAAGAAAUUCGGGGCGGCACUUCCGGGACUAGAUGUUCAACUUGUCUUCUAUCAAGAUGACAUUUUCUUGUUGGAGGGCGACUUUGUACGGCUUUGUAAGAAGAUCAAUGUCAUUGAGCCUCAUUGA